UCGUCGCUGCCCUAGCUUCAGACGUUCGGCGACGCUCCCAUCCCUUCCGUUCCGUCGUCUCGCUCCUCCUCCCCGGCACGAACACUAGGCAGAAAGGGUUCAAAUUUCGGCCUGAUCCGGGCGCCCAACACCUUGAUUCCACCAUCCGAAUCCACUUCCCCUUUCUGAUCUCCUCGUCGCUGUUCGAUCCGCCCCUUCUCUCGCCGAUUCCUGACAAGAUCUGAUCCCUCCUCUCACCCAUGGAUCCGCGCGCCAGGUACCCUCCCGGAACCGGCAACGGUCGCGGCGGGAACCCUAACUACUACGGGCGUGGCCCGCCGUUGUCGCAGAACAACCACCACCACCACCAGCAGACGUCGGCGGCGCACCAGCAACAAUACGUGCAGCGCCAGCCGCAGCCGCAGCCGCAGCAGCACCACCAAAAUAACCACCAGCAGCAGCACCACCAAAAUAACCACCAGCAGCAGCAUCACCAAAAUCACCACCACCACCAGCAGCAACAGCAGCAGCAGUGGCUGCGGCGAAACCAGAUCACCGCGGCCGGGACCAGCGGGCCCAAGGUCGUGGCGCCACCCCCAGCGGGGGUCGGCAACGAUCCUAGUUCACAAGAUUGGAAGGCCCAACUGAAGCUUCCACCCGCAGAUACACGAUUCAGGACAGAGGAUGUUACUGCCACCAAAGGGAAUGAGUUUGAAGACUAUUUUCUUAAGCGUGAACUCCUGAUGGGAAUAUAUGAGAAAGGAUUUGAAAAUCCCUCCCCAAUCCAAGAAGAAAGCAUUCCUAUUGCAUUAACUGGCAGUGAUAUUCUUGCUAGAGCAAAAAAUGGAACUGGCAAGACAGCUGCAUUUUGUAUUCCUGCACUGGAAAAGAUCGACCAGGACAAAAAUGCUAUUCAAGUUGUUAUAGUUGUUCCCACAAGGGAAUUGGCUCUACAGACAUCCCAAGUUUGCAAAGAGCUUGGCAAGCACCUGAAGAUUCAAGUUAUGGUCACCACUGGUGGAACUAGCCUGAAGGAUGAUAUUGUUCGUCUAUAUCAACCUGUCCAUUUACUUGUUGGAACGCCUGGACGUAUUUUGGACCUUACGAAGAAAGGUGUUUGCAUCUUGAAGGACUGUUCAAUGCUUGUUAUGGACGAGGCAGACAAGCUUCUCUCUCCUGAAUUUCAACCUUCUAUAGAGCAGUUGAUCCGUUACCUUCCAGCGAGUCGACAGAUUUUAAUGUUUUCAGCAACAUUCCCUGUGACUGUCAAGGAGUUCAAGGAUAAAUAUCUGCCUAAACCUUAUGUUAUUAACCUCAUGGAUGAACUUACACUGAAGGGAAUUACACAAUUCUAUGCUUUUGUAGAAGAAAGGCAGAAAGUUCAUUGUCUUAACACCCUCUUUUCCAAGCUUCAAAUAAAUCAGUCAAUAAUAUUCUGCAACUCUGUAAAUCGUGUUGAGCUAUUAGCGAAAAAGAUCACGGAGCUUGGUUACUCAUGCUUCUACAUCCAUGCAAAGAUGCUGCAGGACCACCGUAACAGAGUUUUCCAUGAUUUCCGUAAUGGGGCAUGCAGGAACCUUGUUUGUACAGAUCUUUUCACAAGGGGGAUAGAUAUUCAAGCUGUUAAUGUUGUUAUCAAUUUUGAUUUCCCCAAGAGCUCUGAAACGUAUCUCCACAGGGUUGGUAGAUCUGGGAGAUUCGGUCACCUUGGUUUGGCUGUGAAUUUGAUCACCUACGAGGAUCGCUUUAACUUGUAUAGGAUUGAGCAGGAGCUUGGGACUGAGAUAAAACAGAUUCCCCCUCAGAUAGACCAGGCCAUAUAUUGCCAAUGAUAGGAUAGUGCCAUAUAUUGCCAAUGAUAGGAUAGUGCUUUCUCAUGCAUUCACUUUCUCUGAGUAAUAAGAAGACAACUCUUGUAAAUACCAUCUCAUCACCUGUCAGGUCUUAUCGUGGGCCUCCUGUGGUAUAUGGGAACAUUAGUGGAUCAUGUGUGAGACAAGACAUCCGGGUGUUCUGAUUGACGUUGUUAUGCUGACAUUAGUGUGGUUAACUCAGGGCAAACGUCCUGUUACUGUUUCAGGCACAUGGCGGUGUACAUUGCUAGGUGCCUGUUAUUGGUCUAGCCGUGGUCUUUUAGUUCUUGACAUCAUAGUUCCUUUCGUUUCUUUGUGGUGUCGUUAGCUAUUUCUCACAGGACAUUUUAACCCUGUUACUUACUGGUUGUGGGUCUGCACUGUUGGUGCACACAAGUUAUCCCAGGUUCCAGCUUGGUCGUGUGUUGUGUUGAGGUGUCAAUCAGAAGUCGGUCGUCCAACUUGAGCUCUGAACUGUCGAUGCGUAGUAGUAGUCGCUAGGGCUUUCAACCAUUAGAGGGUGAACUGGAUCUGAGUGUGUCAAUAAUGUGCAGUGAGCUGCAUUGUGCUAUGCAUACGCAACCUUCCUCUUGCAUCAUGCCUAGUAGUCGCUGGGGCUUUUGGCUAUUGGUCGUGAAGUGGAUAUUGGUCUGUCAAUAAUGUGCAUUCAGCUGCAUUGUGCUACGCAGUCUAGCUCUUGCAUCAUGCCUAGGCAAUGUGCCUGUAUGUCAUGGUCCUCGCUUAAAUUCUGCUGGAUAUUUCCAAGUUGACAAUGUAUUGUUGAAUAAACAGAGCUUAUCUGCUGCUAUCUGUGCUGGACAAGGGAUGCCAGUAGACACUGAACUGUUAUUUGCUGCCUCA